UGUUUUAUUUAUUGUUUACUUUAGGAUGCUAACUUACUUAGUUUAAAAGAAGUUGUGGAUGUUUUAUGUGAAGAGGUGUUACAUUCACGAGAAUUAGUUGCAAAUUCUGAUCAAGAAAUAAGCUCUCUUCAGAAGAAAUGUGCUGAACUUCAAGAUCAGGUUACUGAUUACAAUGCAAAGAUAAACUUUCUUACAACUAAUUUGACUCACCAAGUGAAGCUUAAUACAGAACUCGAUGCACAAUUAACAUUUAGUGUUAAUGAAGCUUCUGCAUUAAGAAGAAGCAUUGAGGAAAAUAGAGUGACCACUUUAGAAUCUACAGGAAGUACACAGAAACAAUCCAUUAAUUCAAGCUCUUCUUCCUAUGAUAUGGGCAGACUACGAAGUGCUGACACUCCCAAAUCUGCUCAAAACUUUUCCAUGUUUUUACCAGAAAUUGGAAGUUCACCACCUGUUAAAUUGAACAAUACAGAAGAGAUGUAUCCAGAAAGUGUGAAAUCUCUUUUAGAGUUAACAAAUGAGAUUUUGAAUACCCCGGAAGAGAUAGAACUGCCAGAAAGUAGCUUGUCCUUCACAACGCAAAUGUCUAGCAUACCUCAACAGCUAUCAAACAUCUUAAAAGAGGAGGGCAUAAGCUCCAGUUUUGAAGUUAUGAUCCAUGGCUUGUACUGGGUGUACAGAAAAACUUUGAGUCACAAUAAAUCUUUACUGUACCAAAAGAAGUAUUUACUAAUGCUCCUUAGAGGUUAUCAGUUGACUGAAAAAAUGACUUUAUCGUGUGUGAAUCAAAUGGGGAAGAACAUUAUGUUUGAGAACAAUAGUCACAGUUCUUUUACAUCAGUGGAUUCUCCAGUCCGUGGACGUGAACUCUUCCGUUCUGUUGCAUACGUCGUAGUGGCCAUUCAAAGAAUGAAAUAUUAUGUGCGAAGGUGGAAACUUUUUGCUAAAGUUCCUACUUCAGACAUUGUGAAAGCAGAAGUCAAUUCUGUAUUUCAAAAUUGUAGAAGUUCAUCACCAAAUAGUUUCAACAUGUCAUAUCUAUCAUUAUCAUCAAGAUCUGCAUCUGUUUGUGAAAGUGAAAAAGUACAUGCCGGUAUUAACAGUAGUGCUUCUUCAAUAAGUUCAAGAUCUGGUACAAAAUCUAAAAGAAAGUCCAAAGCGGAUAAAGGAAAACUUCUUGAAUAUGUGCAAAGAUUAGACACCCUUCAGAAGCAACUGGGACUUGACAGCCUCAGAUGAUAAAUCUGUAAACAUCCCCUUGUGCCUGCCACAAACGAAGCGUUCAAUUUUACUCAUGCCAAAGAUGUAAAAUAUAUCAUUCACUUUUUUGUAAAAACUCUAAAAUUUUUUGCGAGUGAAAGAUAUUUAUUUUAUUUUUAUGUACAAAUUUGUAAAUUUUAUAUUUAUGAAACAAAUUGACUAUAUCAUAUGUUUUUCUAUUGUGCCUUGACUGACUGCUGAUGAUAUGCUGAUAGCAAUUAAAGUGCAUUGAGAGUCAUUUUAAAGUUUUAUCGAAAAUUAAGUCACAAUCUAUAUCAUUGUGCAUGUUUUACAUUUUAAUUUGCUGUGACUUUAUAUUUAAUGUGUGAUUAUUUUUUAAUCAGAUUUGUUGUGGUCUAUGCCUGCCUUUGAAUAAAAUGAAUAUAUUUGUUUUGUUUAAA